AGGAUACGGGCGACAGCAGGGCUCGGGGUGGUCGUGCAGCCGACGAACGUCUCCGCGAAGCCGUCCUUUGCAACUGGCGGCUCUUCUCGGCCGAGUCCAGGUCGGGGAGGAAAAUGGCGCCGGCGCCCCGAGGCGUCCGGGAGGCGCCGCUGCUGCAGUGUCGGUGCGGACCCCUUUGCCGGCUCCUUCUCUUCGCCCAGGCCUUCCUCCUGCUGCCGGCCGCCCGGGCGGGCCUCUGCCCCGCGCCCUGCUCCUGCCGCGGCCCUCUGCUGGACUGCAGUCGCAGGAAACUGCCCGCGCCGAGCUGGAGAGCGCUGUCGAGCCCCCUGCCCCCCGACGCCGCCAGCCUUUGUGUGCCACAACACCCAUAGGAUCAGAUUCAUCAUUGGACCCCCAGACCUCUCACCCAGGACCCUAAAAGUGCAUACCUUUGAAGCCUUUAUCUUCCUCCUGACUGAUGGAUCGGGGAUCCAUUGGGAUUUGAGUCAUAAUCGGUUGUCUAACUGGAACAUCAGCUUGGAAUCUCAGACAUUACAAGAAGUGAAAAUGAAUUAUAAUGAACUAACAGAAAUCCCAUAUUUUGGAGAACCAACCUCCAAUAUUACUGCAUUGUCAUUAGUCCAUAAUAUAAUCGCAGAAAUAAAUGCAGAGGAGUUCCAGUUUUACCCUGCUCUCGAGAGUUUAGAUCUCAGUUCAAACAUAAUAUCAGAAAUCAAGACAGCUUCAUUUCCUCGAAUGCAGCUUAAAUACCUGAACUUGAGUAAUAAUAGGAUAACCAUUUUGGAGGCUGGUUGCUUUGAUAAUUUAUCGAGUUCCUUAUUAGUGGUAAAGUUAAACCGUAACAGAAUUAGCAUGAUUCCACCCAAGAUCUUCAAGCUACCUCACCUCCAAUUCUUGGAGCUAAAAAGAAACCGGAUUAAAGUUGUGGAAGGUCUAACAUUCCAAGGUCUGGAUUCCUUAAAGUCUUUAAAAAUGCAGCGGAAUGGAAUUAGCAAACUUAAGGAUGGCGCUUUUUUUGGCUUGGAUAACAUGGAAGAAUUAGAACUGGAGCAUAAUAACCUCACAGAAGUGAACAAGGGGUGGUUGUAUGGCUUGCGAAUGUUACAACAGCUCUAUGUGAAUCAGAAUGCUGUUGAAAGGAUCAGCCCUGAUGCAUGGGAGUUCUGCCAAAGACUGUCUGAACUUGAUUUGUCCUAUAACCAGUUGACCCGCCUGGAUGAAUCUGCCUUUGUGGGUCUGAGCUUACUGGAGAGAUUGAAUUUAGGGGACAACAGAGUCACUCACAUUGCUGACGGUGUAUUUAGGUUUCUCUCCAAUCUUCAGACACUAAACUUAAGAAACAAUGAAAUUUCAUGGGCCAUAGAAGAUGCUAGUGAAGCCUUUGCUGGACUCACAAGUCUUACUAAAUUAAUCUUACAAGGAAAUCAGAUUAAGUCAAUUACAAAGAAAGCAUUCAUUGGUCUUGAAUCCCUUGAGCAUCUAGAUUUGAACAACAAUGCUAUAAUGUCUAUCCAAGAAAAUGCUUUUUCUCAGACUCGCUUGAAAGAACUGAUUCUGAACACAAACAGUUUGCUCUGUGACUGCCAUUUGAAGUGGCUGCUUCAAUGGCUCGUUGAUAAUAACUUUCAACAUUCCGUGAAUGCAACUUGUGCACACCCCGAGUGGCUAGCAGGGCAGAGCAUCCUGAAUGUGGAUCUGAAGGAUUUUGUCUGUGAUGAUUUUCUCAAGCCACAGAUAAGAAGACAUCCUGAAACCACAGUUGCUCUCAGAGGUGUGAACGUGACUCUGACGUGCUCUGCAGUGAGCAGCAGUGAUUCACCCAUGUCUACUGUGUGGCGCAAAGACAGUGAAAUCCUGUAUGAUGCUGACAUUGAGAAUUUUGUUCGUUUUCAACAGCAAGCUGGAGAAGCUCUGGAAUAUACUAGUGUCUUACAUCUUUUCAAUGUGAAUUUCACAGAUGAAGGAAAAUAUCAGUGCAUCGUUACUAAUCACUUUGGUUCUAAUUAUUCUUAUAAAGCCAAACUGACUGUGAAUGAGAUGCCUUCAUUUCUGAAAACCCCAAUGGAUCUAACUAUUCGCACCGGUGCCAUGGCCAGAUUAGAAUGUGCUGCAGAAGGGCACCCUGCACCUCAGAUUUCCUGGCAGAAAGAUGGCGGGACUGACUUUCCUGCAGCCCGAGAAAGACGAAUGCAUGUCAUGCCCGAGGACGAUGUCUUCUUCAUCGCAAACGUGAAGAUAGAAGACAUGGGGAUCUACAGCUGCAUGGCACAAAACAUAGCAGGAGGCCUCUCAGCAAAUGCCUCACUCACAGUGUUAGAGACGCCCUCAUUUAUUAGACCCCUGGAGGACAAGACAGUAACCCGAGGUGAAACUGCAGUGUUACAGUGCAUAGCUGGAGGGAGCCCUGCCCCUCGCCUCAACUGGACCAAAGAUGAUGGACCACUGCUGGUGACAGAACGGCACUUCUUUGCUGCAGCCAACCAGCUUCUCAUCAUUGUAGAUGCUGGGCUAGAAGAUGCCGGGAAAUACACCUGCAUUAUGUCUAACACUCUUGGAACAGAACGUGGUCACAUUUACCUAAAUGUCAUCUCAUCCCCCAAUUGUGACUCUUCCCAGAGUAGCAUUGGGCAUGAAGACGAUGGCUGGACCACAGUUGGCAUUGUCAUCAUCGUUGUGGUCUGCUGUGUUGUGGGCACCUCUUUGAUCUGGGUCAUUGUUAUUUACCACAUGAGAAGGAAAAAUGAAGACUAUAGUAUUACGAACACAGAGGAGCUUAACCUGCCUGCAGACAUUCCCAGCUACUUGUCUUCCCAAGGAACUCUGUCUGAGCCACAGGAAGGCUACAGCAACUCUGAGGCAGGCAGUCAUCAGCAGCUCAUGCCUCCUGCCAAUGGAUAUUUACACAAAGGCACUGAUGGUGGCUCUGGAACCCGGGUUAUCUGCUCAGAUUGUUAUGACAAUGCCAAUAUCUACUCCAGGACGCGAGAAUACUGUCCGUACACCUACAUUGCUGAGGAGGAUGUUCUAGAUCAGACACUGUCCAGCCUCAUGGUCCAGAUGCCCAAAGAGACUUAUCUGGCACAUCCUUCCCAAGAUGCCACAACACUGGAGAGCCUGGUCUUACCAGCAGAUAGAGAGACGUCUGCCUUUCCCACCAACCACGAGAGGGUGAAUGAGAAGACACUUGCCUCCACACAGAUGAGCAGUGAAACAUUGCAGCGGCCUCUGUGGAACAUGAGCGGAGAACUAGGCCUGCCUCCUGCUCCCUUUUCCCAGCAGCCCGUCCCUGCGUCACCACAGCCCCAUCAGCACGAGGGCCUGGCGGAGAGUGGUGCCGCUUGCUCCGCUUCCCCCACGCCCUGUCACAGGUUGCACGACCUCGCUUUUGAUUUUAGUAGGACUCGGAACAUUCAAGAGGGAAGCGAGGGCACAUGAAAUAUUCUAGGGUGCAAUCUGGGCAAAGACCCAAAUUCAUUAAUUUUGUAUUUACUACCUCAGAGUUCAGAAGAAACCCCAAAGUCAGCAUUUGCUUCACUCUUUGUCUACAAUUACAUUUGACCACACCAAGGUGGGCUAGGCAUUUGUUUGGGCUUACACCUGACAAAGAAAAGAUAAUGGCUGACAGACCUGGGUACAUGGACUAGACAGUGUGCCGCAGGGGCAGAGGACGACGGUACAGGACAGAUGUGCUUCCUGAGGGUCCGGGGCAAUAUGCCCGGUGCAUUGCAUAUUGGGAAGAGUCUCAUUGCUGCUUACCAUGCUGAUUGUCUCAACCCGCAGAAUGAUUCUGAGAAAACAGAAUCUAUUUUGCCUUCCAAAGAACAAAAAUAACUUUGGGCCUUGCUUGGACAUGUUCGGGGAUUUGUCAGUGGUUUUAGCAGGUUUUAGCGAGCCGGUCGUUGAGGCUUUGAUAUUCAAAGUCUUUGGCAAGUAUCCCAGGCUUGACCAGCUGUUACCAGGUCAAGGAGUUUUGUAUUCAUGUGAAUCAUUUUUUUCCUUGGGGGGCGGGGGAGAAGGGGAUCCCUAUCACCCUGGAAUCUCAUUGUAAAUAUAUGUGCAUUUAUAAAUAAUUUUUUGUAUUCAUUGACCGUAAGUGUUGGCUGCAAUGUAAAUAUUUUUGAUAUGCCAAAAUUAUAUAUGACAUCUAGUUAUAAUGUUGACAGCAGCUUCUCAGACCACAGACAGAUUUUGUAUAUCUUGGUUUAGUGAUUUUAAAGGCUGUUUAAAGUUUUAAAAAUGUAUUUGUUAAGAAGUCUAUGUAUAGAGGUAGGGUACCUAGUGAUUGGGUGCACACAAACAGUCUUGGUGUAAUUAACCACUUCGUACCUAAAGGUUCAUACAUCUACUCAUUUGCCACCUGUUUACAAGUGCCAGACACUAUUACCUUUCUAGGGUAGAAAGGCUCUUUGAAAACACUAGCAGUCCUGUCAUCGCCAUAUGUACGUAAAUAAAGGAAAACUCGUUUGGGGAAUAUCUUCUUUCAACAAAGGAUUUAGUUGACGAGGAAACCAAAGAUUGUUUCUUUUCUGUUUGUUUUUUUAUAAUGUCUCUUCUACCAAUCCACAUUGCAUCUUAAGAAGGGAAAAGGGCUUUUGGAAGUAGAAGGACAUGCAGAAAUGUUUACACUAUAAAGCUUUGGAGUGGUCCUUGUUUAAGUACAAGGAUUAUUUAAGCCAAAAAGUUUUCCUGAAUUUCUGGUAGUGUUACGUAAACAAAGGACUUGACACUAAUGGAAUGGAAUGGACUGGAGUUCUUUGUGCUUUCAGAUUUCCUUACAUAGGCAGGCAGGCGGUCAGACUCUGUCCUCUACAUCUUGUAAGUGCUAGCUAGCUAUGUACUACACAACCUGUCACUUCAGUGAAAAUAAGUCAUUGUGCAUUUCAGGGGUUCUAAACGCUCAUAAUUUCUUAGCUUUUUGCUAGAAUUUAAUGCUUGUUUUCAAUCCUAAAUCUCCCAUAGGCAGCAUCACCUCUUGAGCUGUUUCGUACCAUCAUGCCUUUCUCUUUUCCCUUUUUAAACUAUCAGCCUUUCUUCAUUUUCACUUUGAACUUCUUAAAUAUCUUCCCCCCACCACCCUUCAAUUUGUGCUUACUAGGUUGUAGUAUAAUUUGUACUGACUUAGAAUCAAGAGACCUGAUUGUAUUCCCUGCCCUGUACUUACUAGUUGUGUAAUCAGGGCCCAGUCCCUUUACAUCUCAGCCUGUUUAUGAAAUGAGGGCGCUUUAUGGAUGCUCUGAAGCCCUUUCCAGCUGUAACAUUCUAUGAACCUGUGAUCCCUCCAGGAACCAAGGAGGGUUAUGCUACUCUAAUAAAAAGCUGCUUUCAUGAGAUGUUUGUUAAGUAGAACAAGAGCGAUGCUGCUUACUCUGACUUGAGCCAGACUUACUUCCUCUAUAGCAGGAGAAAUGGUAUAAGCUACACUCCUGGGAAGAAAUAUUCUGCUUCUAAACAGUGUCAGUAAACAAGGACACUGGACUGCAUUGACAAGCACCAGUGCGCUCUAGCACAGCAGGUCUGAGCGCCGGUGUUGGAAUACUCCACAGACUCUGAAUCAGUUGGAGGGUGUGCCACCGCUAAUUUGUCACUAGUUUGUGACCUUUCUGCUGUGUUCAAGGUUAUCCCAAUAAUGACAGUACUCUUUCUCAUAUUCUGAUAGACUUUCUUGAGUGAAAAAGGUGGAGAUAGAGCUAGACUGCAAGUGAACAUUGGCUGUCACGUGUGAGAGGACAAAACAGGCUGGGCCAGUGCCCUAGGAAACAUGGCUGCAUGGUGCUGCCGUGGUGUUGGCAGUGGCCAUUCUCUGCAGUAUCAGUCUGUCUCCUGAUGGCCAGGGAUUCCGUUUUGUCAACUCUCAGCUAUCCCUAGCUUGUCUACUGGUACAUAACUAAAAAACUUACCUAAAUACUAGUCAGGAAUUUGUUUAAAUGUGAAUAGCCUACCCCUGGUCUUUAAAGAAGAUAAUGAAUUUAAUAAAUUCUAAUCUUAGGAGGAAUACCUGAAACUUUUCAUCAUUGCAUCUGUUCCUUUUUUUUUUUUUUUUUUUAAAUAUAUUUUAUUGAUUUUUUACAGAGAGGAAGGGAGAGAGAUAGUUAGAAACAUCGAUGAGAGAGAAACAUCGAUCAGCUGCCUCCUGCACAUCUCCCACCGGGGAUGUGCCCGCAACCCAGGUACAUGCCCUUGACCGGAAUCGAACCUGGGACCUUUCAGUCCGCAAGCCGACGCUCUAUCCACUGAGCCAAACCGGUUUCGGCAACUUUUCAUCAUUGCAUCUGUUCUUGACCAAGCAGCGUUUAACUCUACUAUAACCCGGAUUAGUGGCUCAGCAGUGUUUCUUUCCAGCAUCGUAAUGUCUGCCUGUUGCCAGUUUAAUACAGGAUGUGGCUGACCCAGGCAAAUGAAAAUGCUGGGACCCAAUUACCACUUCCUCUCAGGAGCGAUGCAUAAAUCCUCUCAUGUGUUGGUACCCCUCAGACCGAUUCUUCAGGCCUGCCUGGAAGAACUAGCCUUGUCCUUGAACUCCAGCCUCACUGGCACAGGCUCCACACCUAAGCCAUUGGCUUUCCGUCCUUCGCAGCUUCUAAAGUGCUUUCCCCAGAAGGCACAGUACUCCGAGGACCCAGCCACGUGCACUUCCCUCCAGGUGCCAUCUCAGAAUGCUUAGGAUGCAUGUUUCUCUGUAAGGUAACUUUCAUGUUUAAAAACAGUUGCCUUCACAUUACCCAUUUGGAGGUUGUAAAAGAAACAAAUGUUAAGCAGCUUAGACUGAGCCAUUUUCCUAAGAAAAGGGAGAUAUGAUAAAAGUCUUUAAUUACUUUAAAUGGUUGUCUUAUGAGAUUCACUGUUUUGAUUCCAGAGGACCUGGGUCAUAUCAGUGGGGCAGCAGCUACAGGAGAUGCAGAAUACCCUGGCCAGUAAUCUAUAAUAAUAAAAGCAUAAUAUGCUAAUUAGACCCGACAGCCGAAGGACCUUCUGGAUGAAGCCCGGGCUGCGAGGGCCAAGCUCCUUGCACGAAUUUUGUGCAUCAGGCCUCUAGUUCUAUAUAAGCUCACUUGCUAACCUAACUGUUAGAUUUACCUGACAAUUGGAAUAAUCAGCCUUUGGGGGAAAAGUACACACGGAAGCUGAAUAAUCAUUUGCUAAUAACUUUGAGGAAAUUUCUGCCUUGAGAUGGAAUAUGGGCAAGAUGACUUUCAUUUUAUCAUUGGAAAUCUCCAGAAAAACCGUGCCCUUCAGAAUCCUUUAUAUAAAGUAUAGAGCACUUAAGAAUUUUUUUAAACUAAAGUAUUUUGUGUUUUGGCCUAUUCUGUGUUAAUGGCUGAAAACAUGAAAGUGGGCUUAUUCUGAGGAAAUCUGUAACUAGUAAUUAACACAGACAGCACUACCAUAAUAAAAAGUUUAAAGCCUGUCAUGUAUUAUAUCCCUCCCUUUUACUCUUUAUUUAAUUUUGAUCCCUAUUCUUAUCAGUGGGCUCCAUAUAGAAUGGGGUUGGAAUUGUAGUGUUUAAUUUUAUACCGAGUAUUUCACUCAAGUGUGUGGUGGCCUGUUCUAAUCACUUGACUAUCCACAGAAAUGCCAAGAGGGUAAUGGAGCUACAGAGGUAAAUUUGCUGUCAUUUUAUGCUACAUCUUCCAUUUCAUAUUUUACUUCUUGAUGCAGAUGACAGGCAAUUGUGAAACAGUCGAGCUAAGGUUUUUUGGCAAUCUGCAAGGAAUGUUUCAUUUUUCUAUUACAUGGUCUCUUUCCAAUUCAGUUUGGCAGAUGUUUCCCCCUCCUGCUCUUCUAACCUUUUUUGGGGGAGUACAAGCUACACCAAUAUCAGUCAGCUUUCAUUUUCUUUCUGUUUUGGACACUGCCUUGUUUGUUGCAAAAAUAACAAGUUCUGAAUUGAGAGAUCUAUUAUAAGCUGCUCUUAUCAAAACAACACCUGAAAGCCCAUGAGUCAUCUGAAGGUUUUAUGGGUACUAAAGGGUGUGUGUGUGUGUGUGUGUGUGUGUGUGUUUUAAGAGUAAUAUUUGGACCUGUUCCCUCAAGUUUGUAUUGUUUAUCAGUCCUAAUAAUCUUCACCAACGGGUGGGGUGAAGGUGAAAAACAGGUGUAAGGAAUAUAAUUAUCAGCUGUAACUGUCUUGAAAGAGAAAUUGGUCAUCAUGUGGUCAACUGCUCUUAGAAUUUUCCUUAGCUACUGGAAGUGGCCUCUUGAUCCGUAGACUAUUUCUAUGUUCCCACUCUGCUCCCCCUGUGUUUCCCCCACCCCCAUCAGAGGAUGUCAGUCUGAGCAGCCCUGGUACUAGAUGUCCCUGAGGAGAGUUGUAAGCCAAGUUGUUCAGUGUGGCCCUUUCCUCAUAUCUAUUUAUAUUUUCUCACACGAGAAUGUAUAUUUUAUAAAGCAUGUGUUUGUCUACUUGUUUGUCUACUGUGAUAUGUCUUCAAUAAAGCUAAACUACAUUAUGA